CUGCUUUCUGAAGUGCUUUCCCAGUCUUCCCGAAAAUCAUCCCGAUAUCAUCGAAGCAUGAGCGGCAUUCCAAAUCUCCAGGAAACAUUAAAAGAGAGACAGGCAAGAUUUAGAGAAGCAAGGGAAAAUCGGAAAACGAAAAUUGACCCUUCAUACAAAUAUAUAUUUGAAAUUCUAGCGGAGAAGCUUGGCCUGGACUUGGUAACCAUUGAAGAAUUAAUUUUGGACUGUCCAUCUCUGGACGCAUUUGCUCAAUUUUUUAUGAAAGAUGGUUGUAAGACAUUGAAAUUUUUGUACCAAGAAGGAGAUGUCCCUGGUAUUGAAUGUGGUCGAACUAUUGCUGGAGCAACCAAAGGGGCAAAAAUGAUGAGAUUGUAUAUAGACAACGCAGCCCCUGAGAAACUAAAAGGAUUGUGUAUAUUUUUUGUUCGCUGUCACAAUGAUAUUGCUAUAAAUGUUAAAAAUAUUCAUGAGGAAGUGCUAUUUACUGUACUGGAUGCAUCAACAGGAAUCCUUCCUGGGAUUAGGAAUAUGCUGUCAAGUAUAUUUGUGCCAGCUAUUCUUGCAACAAAUAAUUGGGGUGCUCUAAACCAGUCCAAGCAAGGAGAAUCUGAAAAACACAUUUUCACCGAAACCAUCAACAGAUACCUUUCAUUUUUAGAUGGUGCUAGAGUAAGUAUUGAGGGCACAGUUAAGUUAAAGAAGGUAGACAAUGUCGAUUUUUCCAAACUGCAUACUUUUGAAGAAGUGACAGCUGCAGCCAGCAAUUCAGAAAUGGUUCGUCAGCUAGAGGAUGUGCUGAUGACAUGGUACAGACAGAUCGAACAGGUACUUAUUGAGAGUGAGCAGAUGAGAAAGGAAGCUGAUGACUCAGGUCCACUUACUGAAUUGGAACACUGGAAACGCAUGUCAGCCAAAUUCAAUUAUAUCAUUGAACAGAUUAAAGGACCAAGUUGUAAGGCUGUCAUAAAUGUGCUUAAUGUUGCACACUCCAAACUGUUAAAGAAUUGGCGUGAUUUGGAUGCAAGAAUAACAGAUACAGCAAAUGAAUCAAAAGAUAAUGUCAGAUAUUUGUACACUUUAGAAAAAGUGUGUCAACCUCUCUAUAACUAUGACCUAGUUUCCAUGGCACAUGGAAUACAAAAUUUGAUUAAUGCCAUCAGAAUGAUUCACGGUGUGUCACGGUAUUAUAAUACUUCAGAGAGAAUGACCUCGUUGUUUAUCAAAGUAACAAAUCAAAUGGUGACAGCAUGUAAAGCAUAUAUUACUGAUGGAGGAACUGUCCACGUAUGGGAUCAGGAAACUCCACUUGUAUUAAAGAAAAUUCAGGAUUGCAUUUUCCUAUUCAAGGAAUAUCAGACAUCUUUUCAUAAGACAAGGAAACAGAUUUUAGAGUCCUCAGGAGAAAAAUCUUUUGAGGUUUCAGAAAUGUAUAUAUUUGGAAAAUUUGAAGCUUUCUGCAAAAGACUGGAGAAGAUUACAGAAAUGAUAACGAUUGUGCAGACAUAUUCAGCCUUGAGUAAUUCCACCAUAGAGGGAAUAGAUAUUAUGGCAAUAAAAUUCAAAAGUAUAUAUCAAGGCGUUAAGAAAAAACAGUAUGACAUUCUGGAUCCAAGAAGGACAGAAUUUGAUACAGAUUUCUCAGAGUUCAUGACAAAAAUCAAUGGUUUAGAGAUACAAAUACAGGCAUUUAUGAACAGUACUUUUGGAAAAAUCUUGUCUUCUCAGCAGGCCCUUCAGCUUCUUCAAAGAUUCCAGAAGCUGAACAUCCCCUGUCUUCAGUUAGAAAUAAACCAUACCAUCGAGCGUAUUCUUCAGUAUUACGUGGCUGAACUUGAAGCUACAAAGAAGCUUUAUCAUUCUCAAAAAGAUGACCCACCUCUUGCUCGCAACAUGCCCCCUAUAGCAGGCAAAAUACUUUGGGUGAGGCAGCUCUAUCGCCGGAUAAGUGAGCCCAUCAACUAUUUCUUCAAAAACUCAGAAAUUUUGUCAAGUGCAGAAGGUAAAGCUGUCAUUCGUCAGUAUAACAAAAUUUCCUAUGUUCUGGUGGAAUUCGAGGUGGUCUAUCACACAGCCUGGGUCAGAGAGAUCUCGCAGUUACAGUAUGCUUUACAAGCCACACUUUUUGUGCGACACCCAGAGACAGGGAAGUUGCUGGUUAAUUUUGAUCCCAAAAUUUUGGAAGUUGUUCGGGAAACUAAGUGCAUGAUAAAAAUGAAGCUGGAUGUACCAGAAGAGGCAAAGAGAUUGCUAAAACUGGAGAAUAAAUUGAAAGCAGAUAAAUUGCAUUUGCAGGGUCUUCUGCAGUAUUAUGAUGAGUUAUGUCAGGAAGUGCCUUCAGUGUUUGUCAAUCUGAUGACCCCGAGAAUGAAAAAGGUGGAAUCUGUGUUGAGACAAGGGCUCACAAUAUUAACAUGGUCAUCUUUAACACUAGAGAGCUUCUUUCAAGAAGUUGACUCGGUUUUGGAUAUGUUCAAUCAACUUUUAAAGAAGAUCAGCGACUUGUGUGAAAUGCAUAUUGAUACAGUUCUAAAGGAGAUAGCCAAAACUGUGUUAAUUUCCCUGCCUGAAAGUGGUGCCACCAAAGUAGAAGAUAUGUUGACACUCAAUGAGACAUACACAAAAGAAUGGGCUGAUAUCCUAAACCACAAAAGUAAGCAUGUGGAAGAAGCUGUCAAAGAACUUAUAUUAAUAUUUGAAGCUAUUUAUGAAGUUAAGGACAGUGGGAAAACAGCAAAACCAUUACCAGAACAGAGGAAACAUGUUGCUUUUGGAAGUGAAACAGAAGAGGGUGAAAACCCUGAUUAUGAGACUAAUAUCCUGCCUCAGGCUGAUUUUAAUGAUAAAGAAGAUGAAUUUAAGAAGGAAUGUAAAGAGGUCUAUGCUUUUUUCUCUCAUCAAUUGCUAGACAGUCUUCAAAAAGCUACACGGUUAUCUUUGGACACAAUGAAAAGAAGAAUAUUUGUUUCAAGCCAAUAUGGACGAAGGCGAUCAGAAGAUGUUAUUUCCUUCAUAAAAACUGAAGUGCAUCUUGCGAUUCCAAAUGUGGUAAUGGUUCCUAGUUUGGAUGACAUUCAACAAGCCAUUAACCGUAUGAUCCAGCUAACCCUGGAAGUCAGCAGAGGAGUGGCUCACUGGGGGCAACAGCCGACCCGUCAAGUUAAACCUGUCGUCACCAGUCCCAGCCGUACUACUGACCUGAUGCAUUUAAACACAACAAAACAGGCAAAGAAGGAAGAGAAGCCUGUGGAAGAAGUAAUUACUGCAAGAAAGCUGAAGAAUUUUUAUCCAGGGGUAGCGGAGCACAAGGAUAUUUCCAAAUUGGUCCUCCUCCUUUCUUCCUCUGUGAAUUCUCUACGGAAGGUGGCUCAUGAGGCCUUGCAGGACUUUCAAAAGUACAAGACGCUCUGGACAGAGGACCGAGACGUGAAAGUGAAGGAGUUUUUGGCUAACAACCCCUCUCUGACUGAAACCAGAUCAGAAAUUCUACACUUUGCUACUUUUGAACAGGAGAUUGAUGAGUUGAAGCCUAUUAUUGUUGUAGGAGCACUUGAACUGCAUACAGGGCCAAUGAAAUUGGCCUUAUCAAUUGAGGCUAAAGCAUGGAAGAUGUUACUCUGUCGAUAUUUGAAUGAAGAAUACAAAAAGAAAAUGUCAGACAUGAUAGCAUUCAUCAAUGAAUACUUGAAAAAGUUAUCUAGACCUAUCCGUGAUUUAGAUGAUGUCAGAUUUGCAAUGGAAGCCUUAGCAUGUAUCCGUGAUAAUGAAAUUCAAAUGGACAUGACUUUGGGACCAAUUGAAGAAGCCUAUGCUAUUUUAAACAGAUUUGAAGUUGAAGUAACCAAAGAAGAAUCAGAAGCAGUUGACACCUUGAGAUAUUCUUUCAACAGAUUGCAGAGCAAAGCUGUUUCUGUGCAAGAUGAACUAGUUCAAGUGCAGCCAAAGUUUAAAAGUAAUCUUCUUGAGGCCGUGGAAGUUUUUCGUGAGGAUGUAAUGAACUUCGCAGAAGCGUAUGAGAUGGAAGGACCCAUGGUUCCAAAUAUACCACCCCAAGAAGCUAGCAACAGGCUACAGAUAUUUCAGGCCAAUUUUGAUGAUCUGUGGAGGAAGUUUGUUACAUAUUCAUCUGGUGAACAACUUUUUGGAUUGCCUGUGACUGAUUAUGAGGUUUUACACAAAACUAGAAAGGAACUCAACUUGCUGCAGAAGCUGUAUGGACUCUAUGAUACCGUAAUGAGCAAUAUUAGUGGUUAUUAUGAAAUACUUUGGGGAGAUGUAGACAUUGAAAAAAUUAAUGCAGAACUGCAGGAAUUUCAAAACAGUUGGGACAUUUGCAUAUCUGCCAUUAAGGAAAAGGAUAUUGAAGCCAAGCUGACUCAGGUGAUUGAAAACUGGACCAACCAGAACCUGAGUUUUGCCGCAUUUAAGGGAAAGGGAGAGCUCCUUCUCAAAGGCACUGAAUCAGGAGAAAUUAUCACCUUGAUGGAGGAUAGUUUAAUGGUCUUAGGUUCCUUACUAAGCAACAGAUAUAAUGCUCCAUUUAAAAAAACCAUCCAGAAUUGGGUGUAUAAAUUGUCCACUUCCUCAGAUAUAAUUGAAGAGUGGCUAGUAGUCCAGAACCUUUGGGUUUAUCUUGAAGCUGUCUUUGUGGGUGGAGAUAUUGCCAAACAGCUACCUCAGGAAGCCAAGCGUUUUCAGAAUAUUGACAAGUCAUGGAUAAAGAUAAUGCAGCGAGCUCAUGAGAACCCCAAUGUGAUCAGUUGCUGUGUUGGAGAUGAAACCAUGGGGCAACUUUUACCUCAUUUGCACGAACAGUUGGAAGUAUGUCAGAAGUCACUCACGGGGUAUUUGGAGAAGAAGAGAUUACUGUUUCCAAGAUUCUUCUUUGUGUCCGAUCCAGUUCUUCUGGAAAUUCUGGGACAAGCCAGUGAUUCCCACACCAUACAGCCACAUCUCCCUGCAGUAUCCGACAACAUAAAUGAGGUGACAUUUCAUGCAAAAGACUACGAUCGUAUCCUGGCCGUCAUAUCAAGAGAAGGAGAAAAAAUUAUGUUGGAUAAUCCUGUUAUGGCCAAAGGUCCUGUAGAGAUUUGGCUUAUGGAUUUGUUAAAAAUGCAGAUGUCGUCACUGCAUAAUAUAAUCAGGUCUGCAUUCUACCAAAUCAGCGAUUCAGGAUUUCAACUCUUACCUUUUCUCAAUCACUUUCCAGCACAGGUGGGGCUUCUGGGAAUUCAGAUGUUGUGGACACAUGAUUCAGAAGAGGCUUUACAUAAUGCAAAAGAUGACAGGAAAAUCAUGCAGGUGACCAAUCAGAAAUUUUUGGAUAUUCUGAAUAUUCUCAUCAGUCAGACAACACAUGACCUAAGCAAGUUUGACAGAGUGAAGUUUGAAACUCUGAUAACCAUCCAUGUGCACCAGAGAGAUAUUUUUGAUGACUUGGUAAAAAUGCAUAUCAAAUCAGUUACUGAUUUUGAAUGGCUAAAACAGAGUAGAUUUUAUUUUAAGGAAGACUUGGAUCAAACUGUAGUGUCUAUUACAGAUGUGGAUUUUAUUUACCAAAAUGAAUUUCUGGGAUGCACUGAUCGUCUUGUUAUCACUCCAUUAACAGAUAGGUGCUAUAUCACUUUAGCCCAGGCUUUGGGAAUGAACAUGGGAGGAGCUCCGGCAGGACCCGCGGGCACUGGCAAAACAGAAACCACGAAAGACAUGGGAAGGUGUUUGGGAAAAUAUGUGGUUGUGUUUAACUGCUCAGAUCAAAUGGAUUUCAGAGGGCUCGGAAGGAUUUUUAAAGGUCUUGCACAAUCAGGUUCUUGGGGCUGUUUUGAUGAGUUUAACAGAAUAGAAUUGCCUGUAUUAUCAGUGGCAGCCCAACAGAUUUAUAUUGUUCUGACAGCAAGAAAAGAGAGAAAAAAACAGUUCAUUUUCUCUGAUGGUGAUUGUGUUGAUUUGAAUCCAGAAUUUGGAAUUUUCCUAACAAUGAACCCUGGGUAUGCUGGGCGCCAGGAACUACCAGAAAACUUAAAAAUUCAGUUUAGAACUGUUGCUAUGAUGGUUCCAGAUAGACAGAUCAUUAUGCGAGUUAAACUUGCAAGCUGUGGUUUUCUUGAAAACGUCGUCUUGGCUCAAAAGUUUUAUGUUCUUUACAAACUCUGCGAAGAGCAACUUACCAAACAGGUUCAUUACGACUUUGGGUUGAGAAAUAUCCUAUCUGUCUUGAGGACACUCGGAUCUCAAAAAAGAGCCAGACCAGAAGACAGUGAACUAAGCACUGUCAUGAGAGGACUGAGAGAUAUGAACCUUUCCAAACUGGUUGAUGAAGACGAACCCCUGUUCCUCAGCUUAAUCAAUGACCUGUUUCCAGGACUGCAGCUGGAUAGUAGUACGUAUGCGGAGCUGCAAGCUGCAGUGGCCAACCAGGUUCAGAUAGAAGGUUUGAUUAACCACCCGCCCUGGAAUCUCAAACUUGUGCAGUUAUAUGAGACGUCUCUGGUCCGUCAUGGUUUGAUGACUCUGGGGCCCAGUGGUUCUGGGAAGACGACUGUCAUAACAAUCCUGAUGAAGGCAUUGACUGAGUGCGGAAGACCUCACAGAGAGAUGCGAAUGAAUCCCAAAGCGAUUACCGCGCCUCAGAUGUUUGGCAGACUGGACACCGCUACUAAUGACUGGACAGAUGGGAUUUUUUCUACUCUGUGGAGAAAAACAUUAAAAGCUAAAAAAGGUGAAAACAUUUUCCUCAUUUUAGAUGGCCCCGUGGAUGCCAUUUGGAUCGAGAACCUAAAUUCUGUGUUGGAUGACAAUAAAACUCUCACGUUAGCUAAUGGAGAUCGCAUUCCCAUGGCUCCGAAUUGCAAGCUUUUGUUUGAAGUCCACAAUAUUGAGAAUGCUUCCCCUGCCACAGUUUCCAGGAUGGGCAUGGUCUAUAUCAGCAGCUCUGCGCUCAGCUGGAGGCCGAUAUUGCAGGCGUGGUUGAAGAAGCGCACCGCGCAGGAAGCUUCUGUAUUCCAGACUCUGUAUGAUAAAAUAUUUGAAGAUAUAUAUACAUUCAUGAAACUGAACCUCAAUCCAAAAAUGCAGCUCCUGGAGUGCAACUAUAUCAUGCAGUCUCUCACUCUACUGGAAGGUUUAAUUCCCUCCAAAGAAGAAGGUGGUAUUUCAUGUGUCGAACAUCUUCAUAAAUUAUUUGUGUUUGGCCUAAUGUGGAGUUUAGGAGCCCUUUUGGAAUUGGAAAGCAGAGAAAAGCUUGAGGCCUUUUUACGAAGUCAUGGAAGCAAGUUAGACUUGCCAGAAAUACCUAAAGGCACAAAUCAGACCAUGUAUGAGUUUUAUGUUACUGAUUAUGGUGAUUGGGAACACUGGAAUAAGAAACUACAGCCAUAUUAUUAUCCAACUGACAGUAUUCCAGAAUAUUCAUCAAUUUUGGUUCCAAAUGUUGACAAUAUUAGAACAAAUUUUUUGAUAGACACCAUUGCAAAACAAUAUAAAGCUGUUUUGCUCACGGGAGAGCAGGGGACUGCGAAAACUGUAAUGAUUAAAGCCUAUUUGAAAAGAUACGAUCCUGAAGUACAGUUAUCCAAAAGUCUAAACUUUUCAUCUGCCACAGAACCAGUCAUGUUCCAGAGAACCAUUGAAAGCUAUGUGGAUAAACGAAUGGGAAGCACAUAUGGGCCACCAGGAGGCAGAAAAAUGACUGUAUUUAUUGAUGAUAUUAAUAUGCCGGUGAUUAAUGAAUGGGGAGAUCAGGUAACUAAUGAGAUCGUGCGACAAAUGAUGGAAAUGGAAGGAAUGUAUAGCUUAGAUAAGCCUGGAGACUUCACUACUAUUGUUGAUGUGCAGCUCAUAGCAGCAAUGAUCCACCCUGGAGGUGGUCGAAAUGAUAUUCCACAACGUUUAAAAAGACAGUUUACUGUGUUUAAUUGCACAUUGCCUUCAAAUGCUUCAAUAGACAAAAUUUUUGGACUUAUUGGCUGUGGGUACUUUGAUCCUUGCAGAAAGUUCAAACCUGAAAUAUGUGAGAUGAUUGGAAAUUUAGUUUCAGCAGGCAGAGUGCUGUGGCAGUGGACUAAGGUGAAGAUGCUACCAACUCCUUCUAAAUUUCACUACAUUUUCAAUCUUCGAGAUCUUUCCAGAAUUUGGCAAGGAAUGUUAACCAUAAAAUCCGAGGAGUGUGAUUCGAUAUCUGUUCUCCUAUCACUUUUCAAACACGAGUGCAACAGAGUAAUUGCAGACAGAUUUAUAACUUCUGAAGAUGAGCAGUGGUUUAAUAUCCAUCUUAUUCACGCCAUUGAGGAAAAUAUUAGCCCAGAUGUGGCAUCUUAUAUCCUUCCCGAACCAUACUUUGUAGAUUUUCUCCGGGAGAUGCCUGAACCAACUGGUGACGAACCUGAAGACACUGUGUUUGAAGUACCCAAAGUUUAUGAAUUGGUACCAUCCUUUGACUUCCUGUCUGAAAAACUCCAGUUCUACCAGAGACAGUUCAAUGAAAUCAUUAGAGGAACAUCUCUUGAUCUAGUGUUUUUUAAAGAUGCAAUGACUCAUCUUAUUAAGAUCUCACGAAUAAUUCGAACAUCAUGUGGAAAUGCAUUGCUGGUGGGUGUUGGCGGUUCAGGAAAACAAAGUCUUUCUAGACUGGCUUCUUUUAUAGCUGGAUAUCAAAUAUUCCAGAUUACAUUAACCAGGUCUUAUAAUGUGAAUAAUCUGACAGAGGACUUAAAAGGUCUGUACAAAGUUGCUGGUGCUGAAGGAAAAGGUAUCACCUUCAUCUUUACUGACAAUGAAAUAAAAGAUGAGGCAUUUCUAGAAUAUCUUAACAACCUGCUAUCUUCAGGGGAGAUCUCCAAUCUGUUUGCGCGAGAUGAGAUGGAUGAAAUCACCCAAGGUCUGAUAUCGGUAAUGAAAAAGGAGCUGCCUCGCCACCCUCCUACCUUUGAUAAUCUGUAUGAAUACUUCAUUUCAAGAUCAAGGAAGAACUUGCAUGUUGUUCUCUGCUUUUCUCCAGUUGGUGAGAAGUUCCGUGCCCGUUCUUUGAAAUUUCCUGGCUUGAUAUCAGGUUGCACCAUGGACUGGUUUAGUCGCUGGCCAAAGGAGGCUUUGAUUGCUGUGGCCUCCUAUUUCCUUUCAGGCUACGGUAUUGUCUGCUCCAGUGACACUAAAAGACAAGUUGUAGAAACAAUGGGCCUCUUCCAUGACAUGGUUUCCGAGAGCUGUGAAAGUUAUUUCCAAAGAUACCGCCGAAGAGCUCACGUGACUCCCAAGUCUUAUCUCUCCUUUAUAAAUGGUUAUAAAACCAUUUAUGCUGAAAAGGUGAAAUUUAUCAAUGAACAAGCUGAACGUAUGAAUAUUGGUCUUGAUAAGCUUAUGGAGGCAAGUGAAUCUGUUGCUAAGCUCUCUCAGGAUCUUGCGGUAAAGGAGAAGGAGCUGGCAGUGGCUUCCGUAAAAGCAGAUGAAGUGUUAGCAGAAGUCACAGUAAGUGCUCAGGCUUCAGCCAAAGUCAAAAAUGAAGUGCAGGAGGUGAAAGACAAAGCCCAAAAAAUCGUGGAUGAAAUUGAUAGUGAAAAAGUAAAAGCUGAGACCAAGCUGGAGGCAGCUAGACCGGCCCUGGAAGAAGCAGAGGCGGCCUUGAACACUAUCAAACCAAAUGAUAUUGCCACAGUCAGGAAACUUGCAAAGCCCCCGCAUCUUAUUAUGAGAAUCAUGGACUGUGUUCUGCUACUAUUUCAAAAGAAAAUUGACCCUGUCACUAUGGAUCCAGAAAAACCUUGCUGCAAACCAUCCUGGGGAGAGUCAUUAAAAUUAAUGAGUGCAACAGGGUUCCUGUGGAGCCUUCAGCAGUUUCCCAAGGAUACUAUAAAUGAAGAGACUGUUGAGUUGCUGCAGCCAUAUUUUAACAUGGAUGAUUAUUCUUUGGAAAAUGCCAAAAAAGUCUGUGGGAAUGUGGCUGGCCUGCUGUCCUGGACCCUUGCUAUGGCCACAUUUUAUGGUGUCAACAGAGAGGUGUUGCCUCUGAAGGCUAACCUGGCCAAGCAGGAGGGCCGCCUAGCAGUCGCCAAUGCUGAGCUGGGGAAGGCACAGGAACUGCUGGAUGAGAAACAAGCCGAGCUGGAUAAAGUACAAGCAAAAUUUGAUGCAGCGAUGAAUGAGAAAAUGGAUUUGCUAAAUGAUGCAGAUAUGUGCCGGAAAAAGAUGCAGGCAGCUUCCACUCUCAUCGAUGGGCUGAGUGGAGAAAAGGUCCGAUGGACCCAGCAAAGCAAAGAGUUCAAAGCCCAGAUUAACAGACUUGUAGGUGACAUUCUUCUGUGCACUGGAUUCCUUUCCUACCUUGGUCCUUUCAAUCAGAUAUUUAGGAACUAUUUGCUUAAAGAUCAGUGGGAGAUAGAACUGAGAGCUCGGAAGAUUCCUUUCACCGAAAACCUGAAUCUUAUUUCAAUGUUGGUGGACCCGCCAACCAUUGGGGAGUGGGGGCUGCAGGGAUUACCAGGAGAUGACCUCUCCAUUCAGAAUGGCAUCAUUGUGACAAAGGCCACCAGAUACCCACUCCUCAUUGACCCACAAACUCAAGGCAAAACUUGGAUUAAAUCAAAGGAAAGAGAAAAUGACUUGCAGGUAACAUCUCUGAACCAUAAAUAUUUCCGCACACACUUGGAAGACAGCCUUUCCUUGGGCCGACCCCUUCUCAUUGAGGAUAUUCGUGAGGAGCUGGAUCCAGCCUUGGAUAAUGUAUUAGAAAAGAAUUUCAUUAAAUCAGGCACCACAUUCAAGGUGAAAGUCGGUGAUAAGGAAUGCGAUAUCAUGGAUACAUUUAAACUUUAUAUUACUACAAAGUUACCAAACCCUGCCUUCACCCCUGAGAUCAAUGCUAAAACAUCAGUCAUUGAUUUUACUGUCACCAUGAAAGGCCUUGAAAAUCAGUUACUAAGGAGAGUGAUUUUAACUGAGAAACAGGAAUUAGAGUCUGAGAGGGUUAAACUUUUGGAGGAUGUGACUUUCAACAAGCGGAAGAUGAAGGAACUGGAAGACAACCUUCUCUACAAAUUAAGCGCCACAAAAGGUUCCUUGGUAGACGACGAAUCUCUCAUCGGUGUCCUCCGAACCACCAAGCAGACAGCAUCUGAAGUAAGUGAAAAGCUGCACGUGGCCGCAGAAACGGAGAUCAAAAUUAACACGGCUCAGGAGGAGUUCCGGCCUGCAGCCACCCGUGGGAGCAUCCUCUACUUUCUCAUCACAGAGAUGAGCAUGGUCAACAUCAUGUACCAGACCUCGCUGGCCCAGUUCUUGAAGUUAUUUGACCAGUCCAUGGCCAGAUCUGAGAAGUCUCCACUACCUCAAAAGAGGAUUACGAAUAUCAUUGAGUAUCUGACGUAUGAGGUUUUUACAUACUCUGUCAGAGGCCUGUACGAAAACCACAAAUUCCUCUUUGUACUCCUGAUGACCUUGAAGAUCGAUCUUCAGAGAGGAACAGUGAAGCACAGAGAGUUUCAGGCUCUCAUUAAAGGGGGAGCAGCUCUGGAUCUGAAAGCCUGCCCUCCCAAGCCGUUCCGCUGGAUCCUUGAUAUGACCUGGCUGAAUCUUGUGGAGCUGAGCAAACUUCCACAGUUUGCAGAGAUUAUGAACCAGAUAUCUCGUAAUGAGAAGGGAUGGAAAAGCUGGUUUGAUAAAGAUGCUCCAGAGGAGGAAAUUAUCCCUGAUGGAUAUAACGAUUCACUGGAUACCUGCCGCAAACUUUUACUUAUCAGGUCUUGGUGCCCAGACCGUACUGUUUUUCAAGCAAGAAAGUACAUUGCAGAUUCUUUGGAGGACAAGUACACAGAACCAGUUAUCCUAAACCUGGAGAAAACUUGGGAAGAAAGUGAUACCAGGACACCUUUGAUAUGUUUCCUGUCCAUGGGAUCUGAUCCCACAAUUCAAAUUGAUGCAUUGGCCAAGAAACUGAAGCUGGAAUGCAGAACUAUCUCAAUGGGGCAAGGACAAGAGGUACAUGCUCGAAAGCUGAUUCAGGUGUCCAUGCAGCAGGGUGGCUGGGUUUUACUGCAAAAUUGUCACCUUGGCCUAGAAUUCAUGGAAGAAUUGCUAGAGACGUUAAUUACCACGGAAGCCAGUGAUGACUCUUUCCGAGUAUGGAUAACUACUGAGCCCCAUGAUCGAUUCCCAAUUACGUUGCUUCAGACUUCUCUCAAAUUCACUAAUGAGCCGCCCCAAGGCGUACGCGCGGGUUUGAAAAGAACAUUUGCUGGAAUUAAUCAAGACCUUCUGGAUAUCAGUAAUUUACCCAUGUGGAAGCCGAUGCUUUACACAGUAGCAUUUUUACACUCCACUGUGCAGGAGCGACGCAAAUUUGGUCCCUUAGGAUGGAAUAUUCCCUAUGAAUUCAAUUCUGCUGAUUUUACAGCCAGUGUCCAGUUUAUUCAGAAUCACCUUGAUGAAUGUGAUAUUAAAAAGGGUGUUUCAUGGAGUACGGUUCGGUACAUGAUUGGAGAAGUACAAUAUGGAGGCAGAGUGACAGAUGACUUUGAUAAACGUCUACUUAAUUGCUUUGCUAGAGUCUGGUUCAGUGAGAAGAUGUUUGAACCAUCGUUCCAGUUUUAUACCGGGUAUAAAAUCCCCUUGUGCAAAACCCUGGAUCAGUAUUUUGAGUACAUCCAGUCAUUGCCAUCCCUAGAUAACCCCGAAGUCUUUGGGCUGCACCCUAAUGCCGAUAUCACGUAUCAGAGUAACACUGCUUCUGCUGUUCUUGAAACAAUUACCAACAUUCAACCCAAAGAGAGUGGAGGGGGAGUCGGAGAGACCCGGGAAGCCAUUGUUUAUAGAUUAUCUGAAGAUAUGCUGAGCAAACUGCCUCCUGACUACAUUCCUCAUGAGGUGAAGGCUCGUUUGAUCAAGAUGGGACAUCUUAAUUCAAUGAACAUAUUUCUGAGACAAGAAAUUGACAGAAUGCAAAGAGUCAUCUCAAUACUUCGCAGUAGCUUGAGUGAUCUAAAAUUGGCCAUUGAGGGAACAAUCAUUAUGAGUGAGAAUUUGAGAGACGCCCUGGACAACAUGUAUGAUGCUCGCAUACCUCAGAUCUGGAAAAGAGUGUCCUGGGAUUCAUCCACACUGGGCUUCUGGUUCACUGAACUUCUGGAAAGAAACGCUCAGUUUUCUACUUGGAUAUUUGAGGGGAGGCCCAAUGUAUUUUGGAUGACUGGUUUCUUUAAUCCGCAAGGCUUCCUCACAGCAAUGAGGCAGGAAGUGACCCGAGCCCACAAAGGCUGGGCCCUGGACUCUGUGACCAUCCACAACGAAGUUCUGCGGCAGACCAAGGAGGAGAUCAUAUCACCCCCCGUGGAAGGUGUAUAUAUUUAUGGGCUCUACAUGGAUGGAGCAGCCUGGGACAGACGGAAUGGAAAGCUUACAGAAUCCACUCCCAAGGUGCUCUUCACACAGCUGCCUGUGCUGCAUAUCUUUGCCAUUAAUUCCAUCGCGCCCAAGGACCCCAAGCUGUAUGUGUGUCCUAUUUACAAGAAACCAAGGCGUACUGACUUGACCUUCAUCACCGUGGUGUACCUGCGAACAGUUUUGUCCCCAGAUCACUGGAUCCUGAGAGGAGUGGCUCUUUUGUGUGACAUCAAGUAA